AAAUUACCUUUCAUUGGUUAUUACCUUAUUUUCUUUGUGUAAUCGGUUUGAACUACCCUGACUCACCCGAUGAUUUAUGUUUAUCAGUUAAAUAUUACUAUAUUCGUUAACAUCAAAGACAACAAAGAUAGCCAAUUUUUUUAUAUUUAUUGGAAGAAAUGACACAACUGAAUUGUCCUUUGUCUUUUUUUUGGACCUAAUUUCAUUAUUUUUUAUUUUUUUUUAAAAAAAUUAUUCUUAAUGGCUCGAUUAAUUUUCUACUUAGUUUUGUUCCUAACUUACGUUACGUUUUCGAGUGCUGCAUAUAAUUUCUCUGCUUAUGUUCCUCCUUCUAUAGUUUUAAAUGAUAAAUAUUUCGUCGAUGUUGAGCAAGAAAUUCGAGUUGGAUUUAGAUUAUUUGAUGCGUCAUCAGUAAACAAAGAUUCAAAUGUGAUCAAGUAUCAAAAUUUACAAUAUACUACCAACACGCCAGAUGUUAAAUAUCCUAGAGUAGUUGGCAAUAAAAAUAAAUUAUUCUUUUUUGGAGUGAACGGAAAUGAUGUUUUUGAAUCAACCAUAAUGUUCUCGUUCGAUAUUAAUGAAAAAGUCUGGAAAGAAUUAAAAGAUGUUAAUAUGCCAUCACAUUUAGAUCCAAACCAAGAAGAGAAUUUUGUCGGUCCUGAUAAUGAUGGAAAUGCUUAUUUAUUAUAUAACGACAAUAAUAUUAUGCUUACUUUUAACACUGAAACAUUGCAAUGGAAUGAAUAUUCUAUUCAAUCCUUCGUUCCAACCGGUUACGCUUACUAUGUUUGGUAUACUGCCACAAUAUUAACCGAUGGAAAUAUUGCGUACAUCGGAGGUAAAUUUUCUAAUGGCACGGGUUACGUUGAUGCUCCAAUGAAUCAGUUUUAUACUUAUAAUACAAAAACCCAUGCUUGGGCCGCUAAGUCCACCAUUGGAACUACUCCUGGGCCAAGGAAUAGCCAUUCGGCCAGCUUAACUUCGGAUGGUAGAAUAAUUAUUUAUGGAGGCGUUAAUGCAAAUGACCAGCCAGCUUCCCCGUCAUUAGCUGUAUUAGAUACUAAUAAAUAUGAGUGGUCUGCACCUACUGAAAAUAAUCCAAUUGGGUCAUUAUACUUAGCUCCUUCCGUAAUAGUUAACGAUUUGAUGUUUUUAUAUCUUGGUGUUAAUAUUUCCUCGAACGUUCCUACUAUUUUUAAUAAAAUAUUUGUGCUCGAUACAUCAAGUUAUACUUGGAGUAGUUUAGAUCCCGUAGUAACCGAUAGUGAUGAUAAUAUUUAUAGUAAUGGCAAUAACCAAUUAACCGCAGUUGUUGUAAAUAAGAAUGAUCUCACGAUGAAAUUACUUAUUCUUUUAAUCGUAAUUAGUUCUAUACUUGUUUUGGCGAUACUUGGAGCUACAUUUUAUAGAUUGUAUCGAUCGAGACGUUUAAAUUCUCAAAUUAGUCCAAAGGUAAUUGAUAAUUCCCAUCAACAACCAGCUUAAAGUCAAGUAUAAUUAACUUGUAGUUAUAGUUUUCUUCUACGAUGAUUUUUUUAGUUGUUUUUUUUUAAUGUAUAUACUGUAUCAUGUUUAUUAGUUGUAUACAUAUUAUGUAUGAAAUAUUGUAAUAAAUUUUGUUAAAUUUGAUUUUUUCUGUUAAAGUAAA